AUGUCCCCGAAAUCGAACUCACAACCGGCCAAGUCGUCACCGGCCUCCCCCUCCACCCCCAUGAAGCGUAAAUUCAGCAUCCUCAACAUCAUCUCCGUCGGUUACAACAUCUCCAACAGCUGGAUCGCCAUCGCCACCAGCUUCGCCAUCGCCAUCCAAUCCGGCGGCGCCGUCUCGCUGCUCUACGGCAUUAUCACUGUCGCUGCAACCAUGGCCUGCACGGGUCUGACCCUGGCGGAACUCGCGAGUGUAUAUCCCACGGCUGGCGGGCAGUACCAUUUCACGUCUAUCCUUGCGGGGAGGAAAUGGAGUCGGGGUUUGUCGUAUGGGUGUGGGUUGGCUGCUGUGUUUGCGUGGGUGACGCUGGGGGCGUCGAUUGGAGUUGCUGCGACGGAGGCGUUGAUGGCGAUGGUGAUACAGUGGCAGCCGGGAUACCAGAUGCAGAGCUGGCAUAGUUUCUUGGUAUACCAGUUGUUGAACAUUCUGGUAGUUGUUUAUAACAUCUUCUUGACGAACCGCACCCUCUGGGUGUACAACGUUGGCUUCAUCCUCUCCCUCCUCACUUUCCUCGCCAUCACAAUAACCUGCCCCAUCCUCUCUCCCGACGCAAAGGAAAUCGACUCCACCGCCGUCUGGACGCAAAUGGCCAACGGCUCCAACGGCUGGCCCAACGCCAUCGCCUACCUGACCGGCCUCUCAACACCACAGUUCAUGCUCUCUGGUCUCGAUGCGGCGCUACACUUAGCUGAAGAAUGUCUGGAGCCAGAACGCAUCGUCCCUCGAGCUGUCAUGGUGACCGUGCUGAUAGCAUUCGUGACUGCGUUCCCGUUUGCCAUUGCCGCGGUGUAUAGCUGUAAGGAUGUAGCCGCGGUGUUGGAUGAUCCUACCGGGGUGCCGAUAUACAAAAUCUGGAUGCAAGCGACAAACUCCCCCAUCGCCGGAACAGUCUUCAUGGCCUGUCUCUUCACAGUAUCCUGCGUCGCGCUGAAUGCCGUACAUCAGACCGCGUCACGAAUGACAUGGUCUUUCGCGCGAGACGACGCACUCUUCGGCUCGAGAUGGCUAGGCCGUGUACACGAGGGACUAAACGUCCCUAUCUACUCCCUCGUGGCAAACGGCGCGAUUGUCAUGCUAAUAGGAAUAGUCUAUGUCUGCUCUACAACCGCAUUCAACGCCUUCAUAAGCACAACCGUAAUAAUCGCACAAAUCUCCUUCGCCGUUCCCGCGCUCCUCCUCCUUCUCCGCCAUCGAGGCACACACUAUCUCCCCGCAAAACGCGUCUUCAAAGUCCCCGAUGUAAUCGGCUACAUAGCGAAUACGGUAUGUGUGCUGUGGGCGGUCGUCGAGACGGUGUUUUUCUGCUUUCCGGCGAGUUUUCCAGUUACGGGGGGGAAUAUGACGCAACCCAGCGCAACCAGCUCCAUCCACGAUGAAGCCCUUCGCCAUCGCUGCACUAGCAGCAGCAUUUCCCCUCGCCACCGCAGACUGGCAAUUCAAAACACGCCCGGACCUCGCGCCCCCGCGACUGAACAUCACGAUCUCCGCUACCCCGGACGUGGACAAGGGCUAUCUCUUCGUAGCCCCCUUCCCAGCCUGCCCGACACACCCACCGCACAGCACGGCCCCCGGCAGGAAGGUCCCUACAUCCUCACCUCCAGCGGCGAAUUAGUCUGGUCAGGAUACACAUACUACUCGAUCUGGGCGACGAACUUCCAAGCCGCGCGGUGGAAGGGCCGCGAUAUUUUGUUUAGUUUCGAGGGGGACCAUAACCCGAACUACGGACAUGGACACGGGCACGCGACGAUUCUGGACCAGCGGUAUGAGACUGUGCGGGAGUUGAGGGCGGGGAAUCAUAAGUUGAUGGAUAAGCAUGAGUUUCAUGUGAUCAACGAGGAGACGGCGCUGAUUCAGGUUUAUCAGCCGAGGCCGGUGGAUUUGCAGGCUUGGGGUGGGGGUGUUGAGCAGCAGUGGAUUGUGGAUGCUGUGUUUCAGGAACUGGAUAUCGAGACUGGUGAAUUGCUCUUUGAAUGGGCGAGUCUCGAACACGUCUCUCCUGAUGAGGCUAUUAUCCCCCUAAACCCCGGCCAGGCCGGCUCGGGCCACAACUCUUCCGACGCCUGGGACUACUUCCACAUCAACUCUGUUGACAAAGACGGCGACGGUAACUAUAUCAUCUCUGCGCGCGAUGCCUGCGCCGUGCACAAGAUCAACGGGACCACGGGCGAGAUUAUCUGGCGACUGGGCGGCAAGCGUUCGGACUUCGAACUCGGUCCCAACGUCGCGUUCUGUUUCCAGCACCAUGCGCGCUUCGUGUCCCACGACGAGAACGAGGAGGUGAUUUCUCUAUUUGACAACUCAGCGCACGGCACGGAGAGCGGCCGCGGCACAGAACUGCACACGCAUCCGUUCUCGCAGGGCAAGAUCAUCAGAGUCAACACAGCUACCUGGACAGCGACCAUUGUCCAAGCCUUCCAGCCUCCAGACGGCCUCCUGGCAAAAUCGCAAGGCGGCAUGCAGCUCCUCCCCAACGGCAACGCGCUGGUCAACUGGGGCUCUGAAGGCGCUGUGACCGAAUACAAACCUGACGGCACGCCCAUCUUCCACGCAUACAUGGACUCUGGCUUUCUGGGAGAAGGCGUCCAGAAUUACCGCGCCUUUCGGUACAACUGGACCGGUUUCCCGAACGAGGCGCCUGCCAUUGUAUCGCAGAAGACCACCACGGGGACAGCCGUGUAUGUCUCUUGGAACGGAGACACAGAAACAGCCGUCUGGCAAUUCUACGCCGUCACCGACACCUACGGCUCACGCUCGUACCUAGGCGAGACCAAGCGCCGCGGUUUUGAGACAGCGUUCGCGGUAAAAGGAGUAGCGGUGGAGCGGGUGGCCGCUGAAGCAGUUUCGUCCUCGGGGAGAAUUUUAACCUCGACCGGUGUCGCUGUGCUCGAGGACGAGAUCCGCCCCGGUGGGAAAGCGCUGGCAGCUGCAGCUGAAGCUGCAGCUGCUGGUCGGCCAGGGUUCCUGCAGAGCAUCCUUGCUGUGUGA